GUGCACACAUUGGCUCUACUUUUUUUGAGAAGUAGGCUUGUUUUGUUUUGUCGUAAUAAUAUCCCAACUUUUCGGUUAAAAUUCAAUUGUUACAAUCGUAAUACGGUCCGUAAUCAUCGAAAGGUUAAUUGGAGCUCAUAAAAAGCGGGAAUAAUCGUCUUGAAACCCCCGUACCCUCGGGUCAAUUACGGAAAUUGUCCAGCGAAUUUCGCAAAUGGCCAGUGGAACUUUAGUAUUUCAGUCAAACUGAAGACCAAGGAUCAGGGAAAAAGCUAUCAGUAUGGACGACCUGUCGCAGGGCGACAUUUGCCGCGUGUGCAGAUGCGAGGCACAGCCGGAUAGGCCUCUUUUCUACCCAUGCAUCUGCACGGGAUCAAUCAAGUACAUCCAUCAGGACUGCCUGAUGCAAUGGAUGCGCUACUCGCACAAGGAAUACUGCGAGCUGUGCAGCUACCCCUUCAGCUUCCAGCCCAUCUAUGCACCGGAUAUGCCGCGAGUCCUGCCGCUAAAGGAUGUCCUCGUGGGACUGAUGUCCGCCGUUUUGGGAGGCGCCCGCUGCUGGCUUCAUUACACCCUGGUCGGGUUGGCCUGGUUCGCAGUGGUGCCGCUGUCUGCCUACAGGACCUACCGAUACUUGUUCCGGGCGAGCUCCUUCGAUAUGAUUCUCACGCUGCCCUUCGACAUCUUCUCCGUGGAAAACCUGGCAGCGGAUGCCUUUCGGGGCUGUUUUGUGGUCAUAUGCACGCUUUUGUCCUUCAUAGGAUUGGUCUGGCUGCGCGAGCAGAUCCUGCAUGGCGGCGGACCCGAUUGGCUGGAGCGUGACGAUGCCCCUCUGCAGGCAGCGGCUGCUAAUCCGGCGCCUGCUCCCGCCGCCGAGGCAGCUCCACAGCCCCAGGACGACAACAACAAUGCAGACAAUGAAGCUCUGGCUCCAGCGGACAACGGGGGGCAGGGUGCCCAGGCCCAGCAUGCUGCUCCAGCGGCUGCAGCUCCCGUCGUGGACGCCGAUGCCGAUGAGCAGAAUUGGAAUCCCAUGGAGUGGGAUCGGGCUGCCGAGGAGCUCACCUGGGAACGCUUGCUCGGACUCGAUGGCUCGCUAGUUUUUCUGGAGCACGUCUUCUGGAUCAUCUCACUGAACACCAUGUUCAUCUUCACAUUCGCCUUUUGUCCCUACUGCGUGGGCAACUUCAUCCUGAGCUCCAUGGAUCUUCUGCAGCCCGAGAAACCACUGCUGCACUUUCACGGCCUGAUUACCACGCUGUUCGGUUACUGCUGCAUUGGAUUGACCCUGGUGGUGCUGCACUUCUUCUCCAGAGUUUUCCGCCUGCGGAGAGUCUGCUGGUUCAUUGGAUUGUGCUAUAUUGUGGUCAAGGUGUCGUUGCUGUCGGUGUUGGAGAUCGGAGUACUCCCGCUGAUUUGCGGCUGGUGGCUGGACAUCUGUUCGUUGCCCCUACUAGAUGCCAGCCUCAAGGAUCGCAAAGAGAGUUUUAGGGCUGCUCCGGGCACCUCACUUUUUGUCCACUGGAUGUUUGGCAUGGUAUACGUUUACUACUUCGCUGCCUUUGUAUCGCUGUUGCGCGAGGUCCUGCGACCGGGAGUGCUCUGGAUAUUCCGCAAUGUCAACGAUCCUGACUUCAGUCCCAUCCAGGAAAUGAUCCAUGUACCAAUUGUGAGACACAUCCGGCGGCUGGUCGCUUCGGCUAUGAUCUUUGGAUUUGCAGUGCUCUUGAUGCUCUGGCUGCCCAUUAGAAUUCUGCAGUUGGUUUGUCCGGACUUCUUGCCAUAUGCACUUAGUGGCGAUUCAGAGGUCAAUCUGCAAUUGCUGCUUUUACAAAUCGUCUUGCCGGGCUUCUUCGAGCAGACCCAAACACGCAUCUGGCUAAAGGGCUUGCUGCGCAUUUGGUGCACAGCGGUGGCCUGGUUGCUGGGCAUCCGAAGCUACUUGCUCCCAGCACCGGAGCCGGAACCUGACAUUCGCGCUGCUGGAGAAGGCGUGGAGAAUGCCGCUGGCGUAAAUGAGGCGGCAGCCCAACCACCAGCACCACCUCCUCCACCGCCACCGCCAGUGGAUCCGGCGCCGGCACCACGAAACCUUGCCGCCGCCCAUCAGGCCAUCAUGCAACGGGAUGCACCCGUGGGAUUCCAGCCGUACGACAAGCCAUCGCUGUUCGCUAUCCGUUUGUGUGCCCUGUUGGCACUCAUGUGUUUGUCCAUCGUUUGUGCUGCCAUGUUGACGCUCACGGUUCCAGUCUACAUCGGUCGGCGGCUGAUGAUGCUCUGGUCCGCCCAGCCGGGUGAGAAGGCAGCCGGAGCGGCAGCCGCAGAAGGAGCGGCUGAAGUGGUACGAAAUCUAGAUCCAAUCGAUCCGGAAGGAGCCAGAAAGAACGAGCGACUACUGCGCUCGCAUGAGCUGUACACCGCUGAGAUUGGUGGCUACCUGUGCUGGAUUGUCUGCCGGGCAGUAGCUGCGGUGGUCACCCUGCUGCCACAAGGCCGCGCGGCUAUUGUCGACAAAGUAAAGCACUGGGUCCGAGUGGCAUUGCAAUAUGCCCUGCCCGUUCUAACACUCCUGGGAAUCUUCGUGCUGGUUCCGUUGCUGAUUGGAUUGCUGAUGGAGUUGGCGGUGGUCAUUCCCCUACGCGUUCCACUACGCAAGACACCCAUCCACUUCCUAUGGGAGGAUUGGGCGCUGGGAGUGCUCUACUGCAAGAUAGCCAUCGCCUUGACGCUGAUGGGUCCGGACUGGCACUUGAAGCGGGCAUUGGAGCGAGCCUACAUGGAUGGAUUGCGCGAUUUCGACUUGAAGUUUGUGAUGCGGGACUUGGCUGUGCCGGUCGUUACUACCAUUGGUCUGGCCCUGGCCAUACCCUAUGUCAUGGGACAUAUGAUGAUCCCGAUUUUCCUAGCAGACGCCUAUGCGCAGCAUGUCGUCGCACGGCUCGUGUAUCCCGUAAGCUUCAUUGCGGUGGGCAGCAUAUGCAUCCUGUUGUUCCAGAUCGACCAGCUGAAGAAGCUCUACCUGUCCAUCAAGGUGGAUAAGUACCUGGUGGGUCAGAGGCUGGUCAACUAUGAGCACCGCAAGAAGCAGCAGGAGGAGGAGAAGGAGCAACAGCGGGCGGCCCGCGAAUUAAGGGAGAACCAGGAGAGAGAUCGGGAGCGAGAGCGGGAACAGUUGGCCCAGGAGCACGAGUUGGCUGAACUUCUGUAACGAGAUGAUCAGAUUUUUAUUUCAACCCGACAAGGAGAAGGACACCAUGAUGAUCAAGAUGUUGAAGGCUCCGUGCUUUUUCGUCGUGGAGAUGCUUCUGCUGCUAAUUUAUCCCUGUUUACCAUCUAUUACUCUGCGAAACGCAAGGAUUUGGAAAUUUUGUUCUAGCUUAGUUAAUUUUUCCCCUCUUUGUUUUACGAUUAAUUUGUUAGCUGCAAUUGUUGUUAAAUCCUUACGCUACACAGUUUAUAGAUCCUAAGUUGUAUGAUAUUUUGACUUCCGCCACAUCCGCACUGACAGAAGUAAUCGAUGGGCAGCGAUUAAACCUUGUAUUAGAGCCGUAUGCAGAAACUACAUCUGGGAGCUGUCAACUUUAGGAACUUUAGAGAAACCCCGAAACAAACCAAAUCCCAUAUGGUGAAAGUGGUGAAAAACGAAUGGAUAGUGGAAUAGAAAAAUGAACAUUUUCGAGCUAGCUUUACGAACUGUAAAAAUUACAUAUGUAACAUUAUAAAUAUAACUGAUUUAAAAUUAAUUAAUAAAUUAAACUUUAAACUUCAAAGAA